AUGAUAAUCACAGGCGUAAUCCAAACGACCACAGUGAAAAGGGAAGCCAUGGCAAACUCGAAGCGCGCGGACAUUAUGUUGGGCAAAAAUUUCAAACCGGAAGGACAACCCAGCCCUUGCAAGCCUUACCUUGCAUUUUCAAUCGAUAAUAUUUUGAGAAGAAAAGAAGAAACUUCGCGAAACAUAACGUGUGUUGUCAACGGGAACAAAGCAUACACAGCGAGAUCUGAAUUUGAAGACCUGCAAGAGAGCUCUAAAAGAGGAACGGAAGAUUCAACUAAAAUUACCCAUUUACCUUGGUUGGCAUAUACACGUUACUCGCCGCCUAAACUUCCAAGUGAGUGUUAUUUGCGCAUCUAUUUUUUUCUUGAAAAAACGUAUCGAUACCAGCGCUGUUUUAUGCUUUGGGAAAUGGCGGAGACGAAGGAGGGUUACUAAGUGAUUCACUUCGUUUGGCCGUGUGGCCGACUAUUGGAAAGCGAUGGAAAUAUUCAUUUAUCUCCAGAUAGCUAACUUAUUUUGAAGUCUGAUAUAGAUAAUUAAUUGUAAUAAGGCAUGCUUUGAUAACAAAAAGAGGUGAGUUGUGCGCACUGACUUUUGUUAUUGUACAUGUGUGAGGAGAAACCUGUGGAACUUUUCAAUUCGAAACUAGACAGCUUAAAAGCUUAAAAAAAAAAGGCAAAUGAACUUCUUGGGUUACAACCAGCAAAGUUCAAAGGAAGAAACCUUUACCUCGUUCAUAAUAAUUUUUGAACUGAUAUUACCGGCGUUCUCUUGUGGGUUUGUAAUCUGAUGUUUGUAACGGAUAAACAAAAAUUAUACCAAACAAUUGGGCUAAAGUUUGGUUUGAAUCAGUUUGCGACUGACUACUUGAACAUUGUACUCUAGCAAACUAGUAAUACCUAUCUGUGAUGAGUUUAGAAUAAAUAUUACAGCAUGUUGAAGUAAAGUCCUUGUUGCGCAGGGUCAAGGAGAAGACUUAACAACAGCAAACGUCGUUCAAGUGGUUGUCCUCGGGUGCCAUUCUCCACUUCACAGCUGAUGACCUUAGAGCAGAAAUAUACAGAAAAUCACUAUCUCUCUGGAUCACAAGUCACCGAUCUGGCGCACAGCUUAGACUUACCACAGCAUCGAAUCAAGAUUUGGUUUCAAAACCGACGGGCGCGAGAGAAACGAAACCAAGAGGAAAGUUCGAUCAACAGGAUGGAGGAGCAACCAACAAAUUUCUCGCAACAGGUUGUGUUAAAUACACAGUUAACAGCUUGUUAUGUGCCUUCUCCGCUGACCUCAAACUUUUCCAUGGACUGUUUUGGUUUAGGCGGCCACUCGCCGUAUAAAAUGCACAGGCCCGCAGCAAUGGGUACCUUUCCUUUCAGCUGA